UAUAUAGAGUUAAAGCCCUCCCGCUUUCUUGAUUAAUCCUCAGCUUGAUUUGAAUCUCUCCCUCUCCAUUGGGUGGAAAAAAGACUCCAUUUUUUCAGUUCCCUUCUUUAUGAUUCUUGAAAUUCUUGAAUAUCAUUGUUUUUGAAGGCUGUUUGAUGAGAAAAAGGUAGAAAGAUUGUGAUUUUCUUUUAAAUCUCCACAGCUUUUGAAGUUUGAAUGAAUUUCUUAGCUUGAUUUAGAAAAGAAUCAAUCUUUCGGCUCCCUUCUUUCAUGAUUCUUGAAUUCCAUUGUUGAAUUCGUCUUAGGUUUUUGAGGGUUUCGAGGGUUUUGAGCAAAUUGAGGGUUUUAUCCGUUUUAAGGUUGUUUUGAGAUGAGAGAAGAAAUCCCAUCUGAGAACAGAGUGAAGGCAUCGAGAUUUGCUGAUCAAAACGAGGCUCCAAAGGAUCAAAACCGCGGAAAUGCGAAAGGAAACAGCAAUUUUUCGAGGAUGAAGUCCUCGUGGGGCUCUCAGAUAGUGAAGGGAUUCUCAGCUGCAGACAAGAAGACUAAAACCCGAGUGCUGCACGCCUCGGCUCAGGUGAAGAAGCCGCCCCUCAAUGCCUCGGACGCCUCCAACCCGAAGACUCACACCGCGGCUCCCAAUUCAAGGAUAAAGAGGUCCCUCAUUGCUGACCUCUCCUGCUCGAUCAAUGCCAAGCAGGUUCAUCCACAGGCUGUUCUUAGCCACAGCAAGACCAAGUCGAUUGGCUCGUCCGAGGAUUUGUUUCAUGAGAUUGAUCAUUUGAGGAACCUGCUGCAAGAAUCCAAGGAUAGGGAGGCGAGCUUGCAGGCUGAGUUGUCUGAGUUCAAGAGGAGUUCGAAGGAGCUUGAGUCGAAGAAGAGUGAAGUCGAUGGCCUUUUGAAGAGAGUGGAGUUGCUCGAGAAGGAAAAGGCUAACCUUUCUGGACAAGUGGUGUCUUUAGCUUCUGUGAUGGGGAAGAAAGAUGAGGUGGCUGUAGCUGUAGGGCAAGAGCAUGAUUCGAUCGAGUUUGAGGUUGUCGAGCUCAGGCGCUUGAACAUGGAGCUGCAGCUUCAAAAGAGGAAUCUUUCUGGCAGGAUUUCCUCAUUGGAGUCUCAGUUAGCCAACAUUGCUAAAGUUUCUGAGUGUGACGCUCUUGAGAUGGUGAAAGCCGAGGCCUCUGUGCUUAGGGAUGCGAACGCUGAUCUCUGCAAGCAAGUGGAAGGACUUCAAAUAAGCAGGAUGAAUGAAGUGGAGGAGCUAGCUUACCUUAGAUGGGUGAAUUCGUGUUUGAGAGACGAACUUCGCAGUUGCUCUGGCACAGCUUCGAAUAAGCCUGCAAGCCCGAGUUCUGUUGAAAAUAGGAGGGAGUCUAUAUGCUUUUCGCCUUUCAAAAUUGAUGAGGAUUCCGAUGAGAUUGCCACAAAGAGGCUGUAUCUUGUCAAGAAGUUCAAGAAAUGGCCUAUUAGCGAUGAAGACUUGCAACAGAUUAAGUAUAAAGACAAUCUCGUUGCUUGCGGUUGGGACGAUCAGCAGACUUCGGGUAGAAGGCACUCGAUUAGUGGGGUACAUUGCUCUCAAGAGGACGUUGUUCUCAACAAGAAACGACAAUCUGAUAGCUUUAUGUGCUCCAAGGAUUCGGAUAAGAGGGCCGAGGUGCUGGUUUCUCAGAAGUAUGAUUUGGAAGUGUGCAAUAGGGCUCUUGUAUUCGACAACUGUCAAGAAAUUUGUAGGGUGACGGCUUCAUUGGAUGUCGAAAAGAGGGCCUUAAGGAUACCUAAUCCCCCUCCGAGGCCUUCCUGCAGUGGUUUAGCUGGUCUAAAAGAGGAAGCUUCGAUUCCGAGUGUUGCUCCUGCUGCAGCUCUUCCACCGCCCCCUCCCCCUCCGCCUCCCCCUCCUCCAAAAUCAACGGCUAGGGCCUCAACAGGGAUGGUGCAACGAGCCCCACAAGUGGUUGAGUUCUACCACUCACUCAUGAAGAGGGAGUCCAGGAAGGACUGCUUGAAUUCGUGCAGUGCAGAUGCAUCGGACGUUGCAAACGUUCGUAGCAGCAUGAUUGGCGAGAUUGAGAACCGAUCAUCUCAUUUGCUAGCGAUCAAGGCGGAUGUCGAGACUCAAGGCGAAUUUGUGAACUCCCUCAUACGGGAGGUGAACAAUGCGGUCUACCAGAACAUUGAAGACGUCGUUGCAUUCGUGAAAUGGCUUGAUGAUGAGCUGUGUUUCCUUGUGGACGAGAGGGCGGUUCUGAAGCAUUUCGAGUGGCCAGAGAAGAGGGCCGACACACUGAGGGAGGCAGCAUUCGGAUACAGAGACCUCAAGAAGUUAGAGCACGAAAUCUCAACAUACGAGGACGAGCCGCGCUUGCCAUGUGAAAUCGCGUUAAAGAAAAUGGCAGCCUUAUCCGAGAGGAUGGAACGCUCCGUGCAUAGUAUUCUCCGAACAAGAGACUCGUUGAUGAGGAACUGCAAGGAGUUCCAUAUCCCCACAGAUUGGAUGCUGGAUAUGGGAAUUCUAAGCAAGAUAAAGUUUGGCUCUGUGAAGCUUGCAAAAAUGUACAUGAAGAGAGUGGCAAUGGAACUGCAGUUCAAAGGGACGUCGGAGAAGGAUUCGUCGUUGGAUUAUAUGGUGCUUCAGGGAGUCAGAUUUGCCUUCAGGAUUCAUCAGUUUGCUGGAGGAUUUGAUGCUGAAACAAUGCAUGCAUUCGAGGAGCUUCGAGAUCUUGCUGUUGUUCUGAGCAAAAAUGGAGAUUGAAGAUGUAAUUUUGAUCUGUGCUUACCAUCUCAGUAAGCACAGAAAAAUGUUUCAAGAAUAUUGUUUUGGUAGAGUAAAUGAAAAUAUUUUUUUAAGGGUUGUUACAUUUUGGUGAUAUAUGAUGUUAAAAUAUGGUUCUUGAUUUA